UCAACAGAAACGUUUGAAACGGAGAAACCGACGGUUGUCAUCACAAUUCACGAAAACAAACAUGGGUUGGCAAUGGCCGGAGGUCGGCUCGUACAUCACGGUGACCAGUUUUCUGGUGCUCACCGCCGUCGUCACCAUCGGUUUCCACCACGUGCCUUCCCUGUCGAAAUGGCUGCCCGAAUCCUGCGUGUUGAUCCUGCUGGGCGUCGCCGUGGGUGGAUUGCUGCUGGGCUUUUCUGGAUCCUCGCCUGAUUCCGGUGGCACUGGCAACAGCACCACGGUUUUCCCUUUUCCAACUUUCACGCCGAAACUUUUCUUCUACGCGCUUCUUCCGCCGGUUAUUUUGGAGUCUUCGUACAGCAUUUACGAGAUGGACUUUGCCAGCAACAUCGGCACAAUCAUGCUCUACGCGGUCGUCGGCACCAUCCUGAACACCUUUUCCAUCGGGCCAGCGUUGUACGCCCUGUACCACAUGGGCGCGAUGGGCGGCGCCGAUUUGCUCAGCGACGCGCCCUACGAACUGACCAUGCUGGACGCGCUCAUUUUCUCGGCCCUGAUUUCGGCCGUCGACCCUGUCGCCGUGCUCGCCAUUUUCCAGGAGACGCACAUCGACAGGAUCCUCUACUUUCUUGUCUUCGGCGAGUCUCUCCUCAACGACGCGGUGACGGUGGGAAUUUACCACACGCUGCUCGAGUUCGCGCGCGACGCGCAUCCCGUGACCUUCGGCAUGGUGUGCGUGGCCUUUCUGGACCUGCUGGCCAUCGGCCUCGUCGGCCUCCUCAUCGGCGUCGUCUUCGGCUUGGCCGCCGCCCUCGCCACCAAGACCACCAAACACGUCCGAGUUUUCGAGCCGCUGCUGAUUUUGGGCAUCGCGUACUUGGCCUACAUGAGCGCCGAGUUGUUUCACUUUUCAGGCAUCAUCAGUAUAAUCGGAUGCGGACUGGUGCAGUCGCACUACGCCCUCAGAAACGUGUCAAGAAAGUCGCGAACGACAGUCAAGUAUUUCGUCAAAAUGAUGAGUGCGAUUAGCGAGGCGAUAAUUUUCCUCUUUCUGGGCAUGGCGUUUUUCAUGGAAACGCCUGAAAUCCACUUUGGCUUCAUCGUGUGGACACUCGUUUUGUGCCUCAUCUGCCGAUUCAUUUCCGUGUUUCUGCUGACGGACUUGGUGAACGCGCGCCGCGUGCGUCGGAUUUCGUUCUUCGAGCAGUUCAUCAUGGCGUACGGGGGUCUGCGCGGGGCCGUUUGCUUUUCGCUGGGCCACAUGCUGUCCCCGGAAGUGGUCAAGCCGAGGGCCCUUUUCCUCACCACCACCCUCGCCGUCAUCAUUUUCACCGUUUUCCUCCAGGGCACGACCCUGAAGCCCCUGAUGAAUUUGUUCCACAUCAAGCGGUGCGAGGACAGCAAACACCGCCUGCUCAUCGUCGACUUGACCGAAAAUAUGGGCGCGUUGAUGCUGGCCGGCUUGGAACAAGUCAUAGGAAUCACCGGACACUUUUCCGUCUUUUCCAAGCUGCGGCAGUGGGACGAAAAGUACUUGAAGCGCCUUUUCCUCAUUUCCGAGUGCGAGCCGGACGUGCUCAUCGCCUACCGCAGACACGCACAGACGAUGAUGUUCAGCAAGGUAGUGCAGCAGGGCCAGGAGGAGACGCGCGUCCGCGUCCACAGCCAGGACAGCGUCCAGCACAGGCAGAAAAUCAAAACCAUGCUGCAGAAUUUCAGGCCGAUGUCCUUCACGAGGCACAAUGUCGAGGACGACGUCUGCGAAGAGGAGCCGUCGACGUGCAUGAAAAGGGAGUCGCAGAUCUUGGGGGCCAUGCACAUCCAAGGGGCUUGGCAGAGGCGCAACACCCAAGAUCUUUUUGUUUUGGAGGAAGCGUGAAAGGAAUUGUUUUGUUGUUCCGAGAAUUAAAUGUAAGAUUUGAAAUCACAA